CGCGAGUCAUGUAUUUGAAUUGAAACAAACGAAGCGUUCACUUGCGAAGCGACAAGAGUCCCAGUUUAAAAACUAUUGAACUUAAGACUAAAAAGUUAGUUUUCGUGCUUUAUUCUGAAUAUCUGUGAAUUAACGGAGAAUAUGUCUCUUCUGCCAUACGUCUUCCGUUCCAACUGGCCGGGUUACCGAUCGAAUCCACUGCUAUAUCAAGAUUUUGGACUACCCAUGACUCCAAACGACAUGUUGACCGUUGCGACCGUACCUAUGCUCCCCAAAAACUAUUUCAAACCGUGGCAACAGCUGGCCAGAGCUGCACGCGAACUUGAAUCCAAUAUCAAGACGGAUGAAGACAAAAUCCAAGUCAAUUUGGACGUCCAACAUUUUGCUCCCGAGGAAAUCAGUGUGAAGACAGCCGAUGGAUAUAUAAUCGUUGAAGGAAAGCAUGAAGAGAAAAAGGACGACCACGGGUACAUUUCUAGGCAAUUUGUGAGGAGAUAUGCUCUGCCUGAGAACUGCGAUCCGGAUACGGUUGAAUCUAAGCUUUCUUCGGACGGUGUGCUAACAGUGACUGCUCCAAGAAAACCAUCUGCUCUGAAGAAUGAAAGAAAAGUCCCCAUCCAGCAAACUGGUCCCGUGCAAAAAGAAAUCAAGGAUAACAAUGAUGUUGAAGACCAGAAAUAAAUUCCUUAUAAUUUUAAGAAGCCUCACUGCUAUACAACUGUCAGACUGAUUUUUAUUUUAUUUUAUUAGUAUUAAACUGGUAUUAAAUAAAUUUUUAUUUAAGUAUUUA